UUGAGGGGAAUUUCCAUUUUUUGUGAAUUCUUCCUUGUACGCCUGUGAUUAAAUACUUCAUUUCCCAGCAUCCUGUAUGUGUCGCAAAUUGCCAAACCUGCUUUGCGAUAGCUGAUAGGCCAGCUAGUGUGUAGUGACUUGAGUAAUGGCUAGAGGGGACACGAGAUAGCAAACGAGCUUACAGUUAUUCGCUUAUUUUUAUUAUUUUACCGAUACUGGAAGUUCGGCGGGUAUUUGUCUUACUCGGCGUUUAGCUCGAGGGCUCGGUUUGGGCUCGCUUCUUUUGUUUACAUCCAUACUGCAUGCAGUGGAAUGGCUGAAGUGCCGCCUGGGCCUAACACACUGCCUGCGUCCUCGGCCGAAAUUAUAUCGCUGCCCGUGGAUGGCUGCUCGUUCCUGGGGAACAAUGAGAAACUGGACCGCGGCCGAGGAGACGUUAUAGCUCCGGGGACGGAGGCGCAACAAGCCACUGAGCCCAAAGGGAUAGUUAAAUCGAGCCAGAACAGCGUCCAUCACCUUAACUCGCCUGCUCAGCUGCAUUCUUCACCGGCCCAGCUCAACGGCAUCGCCAGCCAUCCGGAGCACGACGAGCACCGCGGCCAUAAAAUCGCUCAAAACCACAUCCAGCACCGAGCUCACAGAGCGACCGACUGUCAGCACACUGCCUCUGAAUAUGUGGACAGCGUCGACGAGCGGGGAAACAGGAAAUUAGCCUAUAACAACCGCGACAGCUCGCUACCCAGUAACGGAGUCGACUCCCCCGAUCCCGCGGCCAUAACCGAGCCCGGCUCUCCGGAUCAGCUGGAGAGAGACAGCUCGUGUCUGAAAGCGGAGCUCGGCAGGACUGUGUGUCGCUCCGAGUGUAAGGAUAAUGUGCAGAAAUCAGCGGGGGACAGAGAGCGAGGCCUGGGGCCGCAGGGAGCUGGAGCUGAGGAGGCACCGCUAGAGGAUCAGAUAGCAAAGCUGUCAGUGAGCACACAGGCAGCGGAUCACAGCCCCAUCACUUAUGUGAGAUACGAGUCCGAGCUGCAGAUGCCGGAUAUUAUAAGGCUCAUAACUAAAGACUUGUCCGAGCCUUACUCCAUAUACACCUAUAGGUACUUCAUUCACAACUGGCCCCAGCUCUGCUUUCUGGCAAUGGUGGAGAAAACCUGUGUUGGUGCCAUUGUGUGCAAGUUGGACAUGCACAAGAAGAUGUUCAGACGGGGAUACAUUGCCAUGCUCGCUGUGGACUCCAAAUUUCGCAGGAAAGGCAUCGGUACAAACCUUGUUAAAAAGGCCAUUUAUGCCAUGGUGGAAGGGGACUGUGAUGAGGUGGUGCUGGAGACCGAAAUCACCAACAAAUCAGCCCUGAAACUUUACGAGAACCUGGGCUUUGUCAGGGACAAGCGGCUGUUCAGAUACUAUUUAAAUGGAGUGGACGCUCUCCGGCUCAAGCUGUGGCUACGCUGAGUUCUCCUGUGACAUCCCGGACUGUCCCUCAGUUCCUCUGUCCUCCUGUCCCUGUGUCCAAGUGAGUACGGAGAGUUGGCCUCUAGCAAGCCACAAAGGGGAUGCAGCCGCAUGAAAAACGAGCAAAAUGUAAUAAAGAGUUUUACGUACCUUUCUCUGUGCGAGAGAAGUUAUUGCAAAAAAAUGGGGGUGCUAAUAUUUAAAACAGUCACUGACUCUGAAGAGGAAAAGUUUCUGGAUUUCGCUGUUGUCCAAAAGCCUGAUUCCAGAUCGUUGUGUGAAUGCAGGACAUUAGCAUCACCUCUAGGAGUUAUGUUGAACUGGAUCAGGCUAAAAGAAAACAAACAAGGCAUCACCCUCUAUUCUUUUAUUUUUUAUGAGUAAUUGUAACUGAGGGAUGGAAAAUAAACUUCUACAGUCAAAACAAAUUAAACAUGCGAAAACAAAAAAAAAAAAAAUAGAAGCUACACUAACAAAUCUGAUUUUUCUUUUUUCCUUUAUUUUUGUUUUCUUCAGAACAGGGUUCAUGGGGAUGUUCUGAUUGUGUUAGAGGCCAAAGCAUUGGCUUGUGUGUGUGUGGGGGGCCUAUUCUUUUAUGUGUGUAUUUUAUUCCCUAUAUUUGAACAGACCAAGCUCUUUUCAUUGUAGGAAUACAGCUCUUCUGCUUAAGCCAGAUAUGCACUUCUUGGUAAAGGAAGACACCACAUUGCACUCAGAGAUAUUAUCCAUACAUACAAAGCCACUGAAUUGCUCAAGUCGAUCAACUUCAUUUAGUUAUUACCAGAAAUCACUGUCUGUACCUAAAUUCUGCCAGAAUAAUCCUGUUCUCCUAUUAUCCUACUUUCUUUAGAGCAGGGACACAGCCUAUCCAGUCUGGCACAGUUUGGUGAUUUUCAGCUACUAAAACAAGUAAUUGGUUGAGUCAGAUGUUCUUGAGAAGGGAAAUCACCAAACUGUGCACAUCACCGGAUUUAGAAUGUGCUACAUUGUUUUAUGGAUUUGUUUUGUUUUUUGUUUUUUUUUUUUGCUUGUUUUGUUUUUAAAGUUUUGAGUUGGUUUGUUGAACCUGUUAGAUUCUUUGUGUUGCAUAUGCACCAUUCAGCACCAUAAACAUGCAAGAAAAAAAUUAUCCAUCCAUCUUUAUUAAAUGGCAGGGUGUUUUAACAUAAAUGAACAUAAAUCACUGAUAGAAAUUCUCUUAAUACAAUGAAUGACUUCAGACUCAUUUACCAAUGCACUUUUUCAAAAUGUACCCAUCUUAAAGAGAUAUGUCCAAAGUGUUCUGCAGUUACCAGAUUUAAAAAUGUAUGAUAAUGCAUAACUUUCUGACUGCCAAAGGUGCAACUUAUCAGUGCUAGUCAAUAGUUAAUUCAUAAUGAAUGCCUUGUACUCAGAUAUGCCAUGUGUUGCGUGCACAGUCACCUGUGCUGUCCAGCACUGCUUUAGUUUAGCAGCAGGGGGCAGCAUAUAAGUAUCAGCAGCUCAUCACUCUGCAUUAGCAACCACUUAUGCUGAGGAGGAUAUGCAACAAUUUACAUUGUUAAGAAGUUGUUUCACAGAGUGUGCGCUGUAUAGUGUGUUAACUUUUAUAUGGUGUUAGAAUGAGAGUCCGAUGAUGAGUGUAGAUGAGUAUAGACCCCACACUGCAAGGUAGAAGUUCAUUGUUUUUUUGUUUUUUUUCUGUAUUCUUUCCCCUUAUAAAUACUAAUCUGCUUUCUCUUGCGAUCCCAGCUGAUGUGCUUUGCUGUUGUUUUUCUUGGAAAUCAUGCAAAUUUUUGGUGGGGAAAAAUGUGAUUUUUUUUUUCUUCUUUGUACAGAGGUGCAGCAGUAUUGCUCAGAUGGACAUUUUGGAACAUAAUUUUGGAAAAUAAUUUUUUGCUGAAGAAGUGAAUUGUGAAUUUGUAUUUUGUGAACCCAAAUUGCAUAAGAAAUGUAAUGCUUAUACUAAACCUUAAUUCAUGGCUAGGCAUAUUGGACACAUAGUAUACAGCCAGAUGCUGUAUACCCUCAAAACAAACAGGCUCAGGUGUCUAGUCCUCCUUUUGGUCUCUUUUGCCUUGACAAGAGCUCUUUUAAAGGACCCCAUUCUUAUUAAAAAGCAUAAUAUACUUCAGAGGGAGUUUGUUUAUGUAAAGGGUUGGGCCCCUUCAGGAUGUGAAUAGCUGUUGAGAGAUGGAAAUGCGAGCUGUUAUUGUGCAAAUGCCCCCUCUUAUCAUUCACCACUGUUGACAGAUAUGCCUCCAAUUAAAUAACUCCAACUAUUUUGGCCUAAUUUGUGCUAGGUACAAAUCUAAAACUCUGAAUAGACACUAAUGUCUAUUUGGUAGCUGGGCAGUUCUAUAUAUGUUAGUCUAUGUCCUCUUACUAGGUUAAUCAAUGCUGUAUGAGAUGAGCAGCAUACAUAAUUCUAAAACAGUUUAGAAUAGUUGCACUUUCAAUUGCAUUGUUACUUAUUAAUUUCAUAUACUAAUGUUUGGGAUCUUUACUAUAGGUUCAUUUACAAAAACCCAACAGCUGGCAGGUCCUAGCUGCAUAUGACACCAUUCUGACUAGUCAAAGUAGACAUGAUCCUGAUGUGUGGUCUUGUCAUGUUUCGGUCAAAUGAUCAGUGGGUCUGCUCUUCACCAUAAACAUUUUAGUUGUAUGUGUGAUCUUGUUCCUAGUUGCUUCUGAUUAAUUAAAAAAAAAAAAAAAAAAAAAAAAAA